AUGGAUGUUGCACUUAGAAUUGUAAGAUACAUCAAGAAGGAUCCAGGAAAGGGUCUGCUGUUCAAGGUUGCAAGUAAUGAUAAGAUUGUAGCCUACUAUGAUGCUGAUUUUUCUGCUGGUCCCAUGUCAAGGAAGUAUGUCAUAGGGUUUUGCAUCAAGAUUGGAGAUUCUCUUGUUUAUUGGAAAUCAAAAAAGCAGAAUACAGUCGCCAGGUCCUCAGCUGAGGUAGAAUACAGAAGCAUGGCCAUGACAACUUUUGAACUAGUUUGGUUGAAAGGUUUGGGAUUCUUGAAGAGGCCGGUUUCCACAUUUAGCUGCAAUUUUAACAGCAUUAAGCAUCGCUUUCUGAAUGAUAGUUUGGCUGGUACUUUUAGUGAGAAGGUGACUAGAACUGUGAGGCAAUUCUCUCCACAUUUAGCAGCUAGUAUUGAAGCUUAA